AUGACAGACAGUAUUGACAAGAACCAGUCCGACAUUUGGCUUGUAGGGGGAGGGAUUGCCUCCCUCGCCGCUGCCGUGUUCCUGAUUAACGAUUCUGAUGUUUCUGCCAAUAUCCAUAUUUUCGACAUCCACCCUUCUCCAGGUGGAGGGCUGAUCAGCUAUGGUGAUGACUCCACUGGAUACGUUGUGCACGGUGGGCAGCGCCUCUCCUAUCAUGAUAGUUGCGUAGAGAAACUAUUGUCUCAGGUCCCUGGAAUCGAAGUUGGUGCGUUGCCCUGGAAGAAGCGUCGCAAGCACCAAACCCCUGAGGAAAAGUCUCGGGCUGCAAAUUUAAUCCGUGCUGUCAUCCCGGGCGGAUCUGGCCUUGAGACGUUGGACUCUCAAGAUCUCGGGCUCACUCUCCAUCAUCGCUUGGAAUUGAUCCGUGUGGUUGUUGAGUCAGAUCAUGAGUUGGGCAAUAAGACCAUUGCGGAUGUGUUCUCCGAAGAAUUUUUCCAGACUAAUUUCUGGAUGAUAUGGUCAACUACUUUUGCCUUCCAACCCCAGCACAGUGCAGUGGAACUACGGCGGCACCUCCAUAGAUACCUUCACGACAUUAUCAAUCGCGACCUCCUAAGCGGUCCCAUUGACAUGCACUACUCGGUUUAUGAGUCGAUAGUUGAGCCUAUUACCCAAUACCUUAAAUCACAAAAUGUCGACUUCCGUCUCGGGGAUCGUGUCAUAGACCUCUUAGCCUAUCCAGAUAGCGACCCAACUACAUUUUCCGAAAUUAAAUAUCUCGACACUGAUGGAUCAGAGAAGAUCAUCAUACUAGAUCCUACCGAUCUAGUCUUUGUCACUCUUGGGGCUAUGGGAGGUGGAAGUGCUCUGGGAUCGAACACAGUUUCUCCUACGCUACCCCGCUCCCCAGAUGUCAAUAAUGAAUGGUCCUUGUGGUUCAAGUUAGCAGAAAAAUCCGCCAAGUUUGGCGAUCCGUCCAAUUUCUUCCCUGCAAAAAGCGACUCGUUAUUGGAGACAUUCACAGUUACUCUCAAGGACGACACCUUUUUUGACCGAAUCGUUGAGUUGACGCAGAAUGAUCCGGGCACUCAACCAAUCCUAUCGUUACCUAGUAGCAACUGGUUUUUUAAUAUCAGUAUCCCUCGUCAGCCCGUCUUUCACAACCAACCCAACACUGUCAACGUAUUUUGGGGCUGGGCUUUAUACCCAGAAGCCCUAGGGGACUUUGUCAAAAAGCCUAUGCUUUCAUGCACUGGAUCUGAGGUAAUGGAAGAGCUACUUGGGCAUCUAGACUUCCCAAAAACCGUACUCGCCAACUCGAUAACGAUCCCUUGUAUAAACGCCUAUGCCAUGUCACCACUGAGGGUUCGACAUUACAAUGACCGUCCUCUGGUCAUCCCCGCAUAUUCGACCAACAUGGCAUUUUUAGGCCAGUUUGUUGAAAUGGAAGAUGAACCUACCGGGAAUAUUGAGUACAGUGUGCGAAGCGCCCAGCUGGCGGUGGAUCACUUUACGCGGGGUAAUAAUUGCCCGCCGUCGCGAAAGAGUUAUCUUACGGAAAUUCUCGACGUACUUAAGUAA